GUGGCAAAACAUGUCCAAACGCAUAUGCAGAAAGACUACGCUGCAAGAUUGUCAAACUAUACUGAUACGAGUGAAAAUGGACUUUCAUAGUAGUUGGUGAUAAUAAUUCACAAUUACAGUUUCACAUUUCACAAGACAAGAGAGGUGCCUCAAGCUCAGGUCACUCUGGCCUUAAAAUCUUAGCGGUGUCAUCUUCUACAAAAAUUUAUUGCUCACGCCACACAGACAAACACCAUCUCUCUUCUUCCAUCCAUUUUCUGACACAUUUUAAUAUCUUUAAACUGGCGGAUCCUUCCUCUUACUGCAUUCCUUUUGGACUAUUUCUUGUGUACCCAAAAUCUCUGUAUAUCUCUCAGUAUCUGCAUUUCUUGGCUCUUUUUGGGUUCAUUUUAAAAUUUUUAUUUUUUGGCCUUUUCUUUUCAACCCUAAUUUUAUGUCUUUGGACUGGCAUUGAUUUCUUCUCUUCUUUUCCUUUAUCUUCUUGUAGAAGAAUGGGCUAUGUGUACAUUGAGUAUCUGGUGAGAUUGAUUGAAAUAGCUUAAAGUCUUAAUCUUUUAUUCAUUUUAAGAUUACCCAUUUGAUCUAAGUUGUUUUUGGAUACUCCCAUUCUGCUUGCUGGCUCCAUAGAAAUGGGAUUUCGUUGAUUUUAUGUUUGUGCAAAAAGAAAAGGACGAACUUUUGUGUUCUGCACUCGAAGAAUCUCAGAUGAGAUAAUGGAGGGUGAGAGAAAGCGUUCAAAGGGAGGCUUUUUCCACUUUUUUGAUUGGAAUGGGAAGUCUCGUAAGAAGCUGUUCUCGAACAAUUUUGAAGUAGCUGAAGGAUCAAAGCAAGGAAAAGAAAAUGUUGGAUAUAUUACUAAAUCACAGCUUCAUGAGAUAGAGGUGGAUGAUAGAAGACCAAAUUCAAGUAACAGAGGGAGUAGUGACUUCAGUUACGCAUCAUCAGUAACCAGUGAUGAAGGUUAUGGAACUAGAGCACCUGGGGUGGUUGCCAGGCUUAUGGGCUUGGAUUCUUUGCCAACAACAAGUGUUGAGGAGGCAUCCUCUACCCCAUUUUUUGUUUCCUCUUCACUUGGAGCAUCUCAACAUGAUAGGAGUACUCCUAAUUUAUGGAGUGAGUAUAACCCCAUGGACUACCUCAGCAUUUCCAGUAACCAGGGAGGGUAUUCUUGGAAUUCUUUGGAACCAAGGUCACAAAAGGUGCAAAAUCGGCCAAUUGAGAGAUUUCAAACUGAAAUAUUGCCUCCAAAAUCAGCUAAACCAAUUCCAGUUACGCACCAUAAGCUGUUGUCUCCGAUCAGGAAUCCUGGAUUCAUCCCAACAAAGAAUGCUGCUUACAUAAUAGAGGCAGCUGCAAAGAUAAUUGAUGCAAGUCCUAAGGUAACUAUGAAUAGUAAAGUGCCAUCAAUUGCAUCAUCCUCAGUUCCAUUGAGAAUUCGGGAUUUGAAACAGAAAAUGGAAGUAGCACAUAAUGUAUCUAGGCCUCAAAGAUCAAAUGAAUUGUCUGCUGCCAAACAUAUGAAAGGACAGCAUAGUGAUAGGAGACGGAGUGGUUCAGAAGAUGCACAGUCGCGCAAUGCUUCAACGUUUGCUGAAAAAGGUGCUUCAAACAAUUUAAGGAAUAAAGGAAAGUCAACUUCACUUGCAGUAGAAGUGAAGUCCAAUGUUCAGAGAAGGGAGAGUGUCAUAUCAAGUAAUAACAACAUAAAGAAGCAGAAAGAGAUCAGGUCUAAUCAGUCAAUUAAGAGCCUGCCUAGCACGCAGAAGACCAAGAGAAAGUCGGAAAGCAGAUCUGCUAAUGUGCUUAGGCAGAAUAGCCAGAAGCAAAAUUCUCUAUCUGGUAAAGAGACUUCAACUUUGAAGAAAUCGUUCUCUAACCAGCCCGGCAGCAAAACUCAGCCCAUGAAUGGUUCUGUAGCGCAAAGCAGGACUGUGAAUAAAGUUGUUUUAAAGCCUGAAACUAUGUCCAGAAAGAUGCGCUCUGUGGCUAUAGAUUCUGACAAGGAGAAACCAAAUAGUAUAUCUUGGAAGAAACAGUCUGUUAAUGAUGAUCUCCAAAUUGGCAGAAGUGUUUCUGAUAAUGCAUCAUUUAAUGGAGAUGACAGGUACAUAAAAUGUAAUCUUGCAGUAGAUGGAAGCACAAAGACAUCUGUAGAUAACAGGAAAAAUAGCAUUGAUGUUGUUUCAUUUACAUUCACAUCUCCUGUGAAGAGGACCACACCCAAUCCCCAGGUCUCUAUGACGGGAAAAACUAACAGCUGUGCCGAUGAUUCUUGUGUUAUUAAUAAUUAUACUUACUUGACAAGGUCCACGUCUUCUUUUCCUGGGUUAAAUAUAAUCCCUGGUGAUGCUUUGGGUGCUCUUUUGGAACAAAAGCUGCAAGAGUUAACAAAUAAAGUCAAGUCAUCCAAUUGUAAUUUGGCUAGGGAAGAGACUGCUGAUAGUUCUACAUCCAGUUUACAGAAUUCUAUUUCCACAUUCGACGUGGUUAACACCAUUCCUGCAGCAGAGGACAGGAGGUUUCAACUUGUAGAAGAAAAUGACAACUCAGACGAGGUAGAUAACUCUGAUUGCUUUCCAGUGGAGGAUCCGAAGCUUAUCAAGAAUCAAAACUUGCAGGAAUCUGAAGAAAUGGAAGAGCUUAAUUGUAGCAGCAAUUUUAGCAAAGCUGAAAAAGACCCUGAGUGUCCAUAUCUAACUCCAGUUUCAAUUCUUGAACCUUCAUUUGAGAGUGGAAGUUGCUCGACUCCCAAUGUUCAAUCUGACAACAUGCUCUAUGGUUUUUCAACAAACAAAUCCUUAGAAGUUGAAGGAGAGACAGAAUUAUCAGACGCAGCCUCCUCAAUAUCUACAGUAGAAAUGGGGAGAAAGCACAUAAUUGGAACAUUCACUACAACUGAAUUUAAUGAAUCAAAUGACUGGGAACUAGAUUAUGUGAGGGAUGUACUUAACAAUACAGAGUUAAAGUUGAAAGAUUUCGCAUUGGAUCAAACUCCAAAUGUCAUUACUCCGAAUGUUUUCUUUCUGUUGGAAAAUCAAAGAAAUAGAACGAAAAGAAAUGAAGAAGAGUACUCCAAGCUUGAGCGAAAGAUUUUGUUCGAUUGUGUUAGUGAACGUUUGGAUCUCAUAUGCAAGCAGACUUUUGUUGGGAGCUGCAACUCAUUGGCUAAAUUGUGUACAUUGUUUCAAAGAAAAGGGUGGUGGUUGGCAGAAGAAAUACAUAGAGAGAUCUUAGGUUGGAAAGGAAUGGGAGACUUAAUGGUAGAUGAGCUUGUAGACAGAGACAUGAGCACUCAAAAUGGGAAAUGGCUUGACUUUAACAUCGAAGCAUUUGAAGAAGGUGUAGAAAUUGAGAGGGAAAUACUAACUUCUUUGGUUGAUGAACUAGUUUCUGAUUUACUUUUCUUGUAAAGUCCUUCUAAGAAAGGCUUCUCUUCUAUUGAAAUUAAAAUCUAGUGUAUUUAUGGAAGUUUUUAACCUCAUAAUCUUUUGUUUUGGUGUAGGAGAGUAUAUAAUUGAUAUAAUCACGUAUGACCCACUUGUCAUUUUCCAUUAAA